AUGCAGAAUCUCAGGAUGACUCCUCAGUAUCCUACUGGGCCUCAAUCACAAGCGCAAGAUCCUGACAUGAAGGUCGAAGAAUUCCUAAGAACUAUCACAGAGACCCUCGAUUCCCCUUACAGAAACGAAGCUGCUGAUUAUUACAAGUCGAUGAUAUUACCACAACUUCUACCCCAAUCUAGAAUUAUAAUAAAUGGACAGCCAUUUGGAUCCAAGGCACAGUUUCAGGAACUAUGGUCUACACUUCCGGCCACACAACAUCAGAUAACUAGCUUUGAUGCGCACCUUCUUCCCACCCCAGAAGAGAGACAGUACAUAGUAUUGGCCCAUUUCAAGGUCAGAUUCGAUGAAUCAGGAAAAAAUAGAUUUGGACAGACUGCAGAUGUGCUACCUAUUCCAGACAACAAUUUGAAUAGACCUACUCGUUUGACUACAGGAUGA